CUCAGUUAUCAUUUCUGUCAUCUUUGAAUACUUUGAAAUCAAAAUGAACCGAGAACUACCAUGAUAACCAUGAAUCUUGUUUCUAUAUGCUAAGUUUAAUUUAUUCAGCAGGGAAACCAACAUUUAGUUUUUCUAUUCAUUCAAUGGAUUACAAAUUGGUGGAUAAGUUUACUUGAUGUUGUAUAUUUAUAUUUUGCCUUUACAAUUUUGUGCUUUACUGUGAGCGUGUUGCUUUGUGCCUCCCUUUGUAUAUUGGAAAAGAGCAUCAAUACAUGAAUUGGAAGGAACAUGCUUUUGUUCAUUUUGCAGAUUUACUUAGUGCUCAUUGUUUGUCCCAGUAACGGUUUAUCCGAGGAUUUAGAUUUGCUUCCUCGCAAUGUAACUAUCAUACCUGAAAGUUCAACACGAUUAUUGAUCAAAUGGGAACCUCCUAUUUUAACUGAUCCCUCGAUUACCCAAUUAACAGGGUAUAAGAUUAAAUAUCAUAUCAAAAAUUCUGCCGCCUCUUCGGGUAGUGAUACUAAGAAAAUUGAAACAGUGACUGUGGACAGUGCUAGAAGAGAAUACCAAUUGUCUGAUCUCAAAAAGGGUACUCAGUACAGUGUUAAAAUUUCUGCUUUAGAUAGCUCAAAUGAUACCCUAGGAUGGACUGAUUGGAUUCAUGGUGAAACACUGGAAAAUGAUCUCGAUGAAAGUCGUGUUCCUGAGGCUCCCAGUAAAAUCAGAUUGGAAGCUACUUUAACUACUAUUUCAAUUAGCUGGCAACCACCAAAAGAUACAUCAGUAGCAAUUAAGGGAUACAUUGUUGGCUGGGGAACUCCGGUUCCAAAUGAUUACACUGAAGUUCUUAAUGCUAAUCAGAGGUUUCAUCAGUUAACUGGAUUGAAGCCAACCAAUGAAUAUGUUAUCAGUGUUCGAGCUUUUAAUGACAGAGGUGACGGUCCUCCUAUCUAUGAAUCUAUUUGGACUCGUGCCCCAUCAACACCAGAGCCUAAAACAGCCCUUUUACCUCCUGUUGGCCUUAGAGUAGAUGUUAUUUCACCUACAUCGGCCAUCCUUCACUGGACAGAUACAACUCUUAACCCUCGAAGUCUUCCCGACAAUCGAUUCUACACCAUCCGAUAUUCAUCCAACUUUCAAUCUCUUAAUCCUAAAUAUAAAUAUCUCAACACAACUAAAACAAGUUUACUCAUAGAAGAAUUAAAGCCUUACACUCAAUACGAAUUUGCGGUUAAAGUAACCAAAGGUCGUCGAGAGACAACAUGGAGUAUGAGUGCAGUUAACACAACACUAGAAUCUCGACCUUCCUCACGUCCGGAAGAUUUAACGAUUACUCCAUCUGAAGAGGAUUCAGGGAUCAUUAAACUUGACUGGCAGCCUCCGCGUCAACCUAACGGACUCAUUAUUGGCUAUGUUAUUUUAUAUACAACCGAUAAAGAUGCACCAGAUAAAGACUGGGCAGCUCAGCCUGUCGUGGGCGGUAAAUUAUCUACAACUUUAGAGAACCUUCUUCCUGAUACUAUUUAUUAUUUCAAAAUUCAAGUUCGUAACAAAAAGGGCUACGGUCCUCUCUCAGACCCGGUGAUGUUCCGUACCUUACCAGAAAAAGUUAUCACCAGGAACAAAAAAAGAUGGUAAAAACGUAAAAGCAAUGAGGCCAAAUUAUAAUGAAAAGACUAGGAAAAGAAGGCAAAGAAAAUGAAAAAGAAGAAGAAGAAACGAAAAAAGGUAAAGAAGAUGGAAAAGAAGGCGAAGAGAAAUGAAGAAAAGAGUGAAUUAAUUUGACAAUCAGUGACAAAAUUUAGCUUUUUGUAAACCUUUUAACUUGCGAAGCAACAAAAUGAAGAUUUCUUGACUCCAAUCAGACUGAACAUUAACAGCAACAAAAGGCAAAGUUAAAUCAACAACAAGAAAAAAAAAUGUAAUAUUAAAAGCCAUUAUAACUGUAGGGGUCCAGUUGGGUUUUGGGUAUUCACUUUUGCAUAUACAUUUAGGUACAUUUAUGAGGUACAACGAAAACAGUUAACCGUCUCGCGAAAUGUUAGUCAACAAAAAAGAUGUCAAAAAAUGAGGAAAAAAUUUCAACAAUUUUAAGUCUUUUCUUUCAAUUUUACACUUUCUGUUUAUCUGCUUACUGCCUUCAUAUUGAACCUUUUUUUGUGGUUUUCUGGUAAUGUCAGAAUACUCUUUGACUUUCCUUGACUUUUCCAGCUUAUUUUUCAUCUUUUGCCAUCUUUUUUCUUCUCUUUUUUUCUCCUUUCUUUCUUUUUGCCUCAAGAUUUAUGAUUAUCAAGACAGUGCUCAACAUUAACCAUAUAUUUUACCAAUAUUUAUAUGAAAUGCAUUUAUUCUCCUUUUUUCUGCUCUUCUUUACCAAUUUUUUUUCUCAUCUUUUCCAUCUUAUCUCAUCUUUGUAGGCUUGGUCACUUGUAAAGUCACUUUGAUGGCUGAGCUUUUUUUUGUUCAACUUAAAUUCACCAAUAGACCAUAACCAGAUCCCUCAAUAUUGUGUAUAUAAUACAGAUGAUAAUGAUGAUAUUACCUGAAUUACUUUUAAAUUGAGGUUGCAUUUAAAGUAGACCAUUACUUAUCUGUAAAUGUACCCUUCCUUUUUUUUACCUUAGCUUCUCCUAUCAUCUUUCAUCUCUGGACAAGCCCAGAAUUUGUCCAUGAAAGAUGAGUACAGCUUUUGACUAAACUUAUCCCUCUAUUCCCAUUAUCCUCAUCAUUUUAUGAUUUUAUUAAUAACCAACUAGACAAUUCCAAUGAUUCAGCAAGUCAUGAUAUUCACCAACAGCAAAGGCCAAACUGGUGAAAAGCAGAGAAACCAAAAUACUUCUAAAGGUGUGCAAAAUUUCAUUGUAAGAUGAUGAUGAUGAUGAUGAUGUAAAGAUGGUGUUGAUGAUGAAGGCAUCUUUUACUUUUGUUUCAAUCAACAUUUCGCACAACUUGCAAGAAAAAAAACUGUUGUUACAUUAUCAUGUUUGAAGGGCCAAAUGUUUACUUGUUUGUUUGCUUAGCUGCCAAAAAAGCUGAAGGUGAAACAUUAAAUAUUAUGUUAAACUUUCAACUUUCAAUUGAUGAUGAUUAACACCUUUUGUUGUAGGAAAAAAAACAUGUUCACUCUUAACCUAGUCGUUACCUUUGUUCAACACCAAGAAGCUCAAUAUUUCAAUAUAUUACAUUAUCUAUCCAUGACAAUCAUCAUUUGGCAUUGAUAAUGAUGACAACUUUGACUUUUCCCUUCCUUUUAGCUUCAAACAUUGAAUGUAAUUUCAACUGUGUAACACAAAUGCGCAAAGGGCUGUCAAAAACUGCUUUCAUUUACCCUCUUCUCAUCUCUUCUCAUCUCUUUCAAUCUUCUUUUUCCUCUUCUUUUUAUUGAUAUUUACCAACUUUCACUCUCCUUUACCUCUUCACCUUUCAUCUUUCACUUUUGUCCCUCUCCAACUGCAACACCAACAAAUAAUAUUGAACAAAAUCUUACAGUUAACAAUCAUUUUAAUAACUUCACUUUCACAAAGGCAGUUCAAUUUACAUGAAAAUUUUAUUUCACUCCAAAGUAUUGCCAUUACUAUCAACAUUAAUAUUAUCAAGACAUUAUCAUAACUGUUAUGAUUUAACUUUUCAACUCUCCCUGUUUUCAUCUCCUAUUUCAAUGGUACUUUAUUAACUAAACUUAAACCGUAUUCUGUGUUAAUUGUAAACUCAUUUUUUAAACUUAAUUUUUUUCUUCUUACCCAAUUGCUCCUUAACUUUAACCUAACUACAUCUUUUUACAUUUUUCUGGUUAAUGAUUAUGAGGAUAAUGAUGAUGGUAAUGGUGAUAAUAACAAUAAUAAUAAUGAUGAUGUGGUGAAAUUUAUUUAAAGAUAUACACAUUCAUGUAUACAUUGGGACAUUUACAGUUGCUAUGUAUAAAUUGUAAGGAUAAAUUUAUUCAUUGUAACUUCAGAAUCUCGACUUUACACCAAAUUUACCAAAUCCAAGUGUUUCUUUUUAUAUCGUCAAUACUCAUCCAUAAUGAUCAUCGAUAUUUUGAUAUGUUGAAGGCUCACAUGUAUAUGAGACAAGAAGCAUCUUCUGUUACUUCAUCUAAUAAUAAUGCAAAACAUUGACUUUCCUCCUGCAACAUUCAUCCCGGAAGUUUUAUCCUAAUUUCAUCUUCUCUCAUCAUUAUUAAAUAUUGAUGUUUAUGCCCUGGGUCAAUAAGAUAAUCUUAGAUUGGUUCCUAUGUAAUAGCUUUUACCAUCUUUGACUCAUUGUCCCAGUUUAGAUCAAUAUUCAAUUCUGGUUAGUUAUUGCUUAGUCUCAAUUUUUGUCGCAUUUUUCUGGUUCCUUUUAUCUUUCCAUGUCAUAUUAAUUGAGAGAGAGAAACUGAGUUUAUCUCGCAACCAAAUCUAACAUCGGAAACUGUCAGCUAAUUUCAAUUAACUUUUUUCCUCUGAAUACUUUCAAUUCCCAAAUCUGUCUAUCUCCAUAUUAGAGCUUUUUACCAGCCCUCUGUUCAAUCAAUCUAUUAGUUUAACAUCAUCUUAAUGGCUUAAUGAAAUGUUUUGCCAAAAUCUUUUCUCUUUUUUGUUUCGGUUUGACAAAAUUUUUCCCUAAUUAACGUUUUUUUUGCUGCUCUUCUCGUUGUUCCUAAAUGAAUUGCUUAUCCUCUAAACUGCUCAAUUUUCAGCUAAACAAAUUGAUCUUUCAAUUGAUUAGUCUUUCUGCCCUUUACAGGGCAAUUAAUCUUUGCAACCUUAAAUUUGCAACAAUUAAUCAAAA